UCAUCCGGGAAACAAAGAGGCUUCCUCUCCUUCCCCAAACUAUCCUCCUCUGUCUCUCCCUCUCCCCGAUCCGAUCCGUAGUGGCUCGCGUCCCGGUUCCUCGCCGGCGGCAGCGGCGCUGGGCGAGCGGCGGCGACUUGGAGAGGUCUUCGUCUGCGCUUCGCCGGCGGCGAUCAUCCACUAGGUCGGUUGGCGGCGGCGGCGGCGACGGGAGAUGGAGGCGGACGCCGGGAAGCUGUUCAUCGGCGGCAUCUCGUGGGACACCAACGAGGACCGCCUCCGGGAGUACUUCGACAAGUAUGGUGAGGUGGUGGAGGCCGUCAUCAUGCGCGACCGGGCUACCGGCCGCGCUCGAGGCUUCGGGUUCAUCGUGUUCGCCGACCCCGCUGUCGCUGAGCAGGUGAUUAUGGAGAAGCAUAUGAUCGACGGCCGGAUGGUGGAGGCGAAGAAAGCUGUCCCUAGAGAUGAUCAGCAUGCUCUGAGCAAGAGCGGUGGCAGCACUCAUGGAUCACCAGGGCCCAGUCGCACAAAGAAGAUAUUUGUUGGUGGUUUGGCUUCCACCGUGACCGAGGCAGACUUCAGGAAGUAUUUUGAACAGUUUGGGACGAUCACUGAUGUUGUGGUAAUGUAUGACCACAACACACAGCGUCCUAGAGGGUUUGGGUUCAUCACCUAUGAUUCAGAAGAUGCCGUGGACAAGGCAUUGUUCAAGACGUUCCAUGAACUGAAUGGUAAGAUGGUUGAGGUGAAGCGGGCUGUUCCUAAGGAACUAUCACCUGGACCUAGCAUGCGCUCUCCUGUCGGUGGAUUCAACUAUGUCAUGGGUAGAGCCAACAUCCUCAAUGGAUAUACCCAAGGUUAUAAUCCGAGUCCAGCGGGUGGCUAUGGGAUGAGGAUGGAUGCAAGGUUUGGGCUUUUGUCAGGAGGGCGCAGUGGUUAUCCAUCUUUUGGUGGUAGUUAUGGAAUUGGUAUGAAUUUUGACCCAGGGAUGAACCCAGGUAUUGGAGGUGGCUCUAGUUUCAAUAAUAGUCUCCAGUAUGGACGACAGCUUAAUCCAUACUACAAUGGAAAUUCUGGUAGAUUCAAUAGCAGCAUUGGCUAUGGUGGAGUGAAUGAUAAUAAUGGAUCAGUGUUUAACUCACUGGCUCGCAACCUAUGGGGUAAUUCAGGGCUUAAUUACUCCUCCAACUCCGCAAGCUCUAAUUCCUUUGUGUCAUCUGGAAAUGGGGGCCUUAGUGGAAUUGGGAACACCAAUGUGAACUGGGGCAAUCCUCCUGUGCCUGCUCAAGGUGCUAGCGGCGGCUCUGGUUAUGGUACUGGAAACUUUGGCUAUGGAUCCAGUGAAAACAACUUCGGUCUGGGUUCCAGUGCUUAUGGAAGGAAUGCUGGAUCAGGUGGUGUCAAUACCUUCAACCAAUCAACCAAUGGGUAUGCGAGGAACUUUGGAGAUUCAUCAGCAGGUGGUGGCUCCAUUUAUGGAGACACAACUUGGAGAUCUGGAUCUUCUGAGCUUGAUGGAACCAGCCCAUUUGGUUAUGGGCUUGGCAAUUCAGCUUCAGAUGUUACAGCAAAGAGCUCAGCCGGUUACAUGGGGCAUUGACUGAUAGAGGAAUGACGCCGCCUAGGAAUCUUUCUUUCACAUACAGCAUUUCCCAUAAUAGGUUCAGGAGAGGACUGAAGGUGCAUCAGGUGCAAAUUUUGAACCUCACAUGAUUCACAGAGAUGGGUUAGUUAAUAGAGCUAACCAGGGGAGUCGGUCAAUGCGGUCAGAUAUAUAUCCUUGGAGGACCUUUUUCAAACGUAUUUGCAUUUUAUGUAAGGCUUGAGAUUGUGGGUUUUCGGAUUUCCUACAGCGAGAGAGUUUAGGUUUUGGCAACCUUGGGUGUUUUUUGGUCGGAUGAGAUGAUGUGAAGUUAAGAUUGCGGGAUAUAUAUAAUCUGGAGAGUGUUCAGUUGUAUGGCGGCGCUGCCCCCCCCAUAUAGACCCCACCCCCUUUGUCGGGUUUUUGUCGGUAUAGUAGAGAAAACUGCUCUAGUAGCGUCCUUUGGAUUUGUGUGCUAGCUGUUGUUAUCAGAGGAUGAUAAGCUUUUUUACCUUUUCUUGGUUUUUAUCCUGUCUUACUGAAGUGUAUGUACCAGAGGUCUGGUCUGUGUUUUUCCCUAGUGCAAACUUUUGAGGGGAUGCCCCCUUCUGGGCCCCGGAGAAUAAUAAUGCUGCUACAAUAUAUUCUAAUUCAUUUGGAAGGCUUUUUUUCC